AUGGCGUCCACGUGCCUCACCAUGGAAGCUCUAAAGAAGGUCUAUCGAGACGACGGCUUCCUCUCUGUCCGCAACUCCAUCGGCAAGAGGGAAAACCAUGCAUAUUACAUUUUAAAGGCAGACUUACUGGAAGGGGAUCUUUUGAUUCUGUUGUUGAUGGGUGGGAAGUUGAUUCGGACUUCCCGACAAGCUGAGGACUCUGAUGUUCAAUUUGCGGACAUUAUCGUUGAGGAAGACGCUCUAAAUAUUGUAGAGGGCAUGCCAGACUCUGAUGUUCAAUUUGUGGACAUUAUCGUUGAGGAAGACGCUAUAAAUACUCUAGAGGGCGUGCUUGAAGGCACUGAUCAUCCACCAAGAAGCAAGUGGGAGCUUCUAAUCUCUAUCUUCUUCAGGGAUGCAAGGCAUGUGUUCAUAAUGGAUGAACUUGGUCGAGAGAUAUUGGGGCUUGCUUUUCCAGCUGUCUUGACUUUGGCUAUCAAUCCAAUCACUUCCUUAAUUCAUGCCGCCUUCAUUCGUCGUUUAGGUCGAGUGGAGGUUGCAAUUGUAGGAGUUUCUAGUGCUGGAUUUAAUAUAAUUGUGAGCAUUAUUACAUUCGUACUAGGGAGUAUAACCGCUUCGUUUGUCACCAAAGAGAAAACUCUCGGAAAGGCAGAAGGUGAAAGCAGAAGCUCGACUAUACAAAUUCUGGAGAUACAUGGCCAGGACAGUCCACACCGGACCUCAGGUUCAAGGGAGCUUGCGACUUCUAUUCCCUUGUUUAAUCAAACUAUCGGACUUCCUGUGGUCAGUAUAACAGCUGUCGAAGAGGAAAAUGCUAGAAAAGAUGAUGAAGUGGUUCCAGUGGAAGAUUUUACAGCAUCUACAUGUAGCAAGGAAAUGCAACGUAUCCCUUCUGCAACUACUGGACUAGUAGUUGCCGGGAUCCUUGGUGUCUUGCUCACGUUAUUUCUAUCAUUUGGUGCUGGAACCUUCUUGGCUUUUAUCGGGUUUACAUAUGGUUCUCCCAGACAACUCUUUGCUAGAAGGUACUUGAGAUUACGAUCCAUAGGGGUUCCGGCUGUUCUUCUUUCGUCUACAAUGGAAGGCGUGUUCCGAGGCUUCAAGGAUACCAAAACUCCUCUUUAUGCCACUGUUGCAGGAGAGCUCGCAUAUGUUGCAUUAAAUCCGACACUAAUCUUUGCUUGCCAUUUGGGUAUUAGUGGUGAUGCAAUUGCGUAUGUUUUGUCUCGGUACGUAAUAUUUUUUAUUCUUUUGUGGAGACUGAUGAAUCGAGUUGAUCUCUUAUCUCCAAGCCUUAAAGAUAUACAUUUUCAUCAAUUCUUAAAGAAUGGACUUCUUAUGUUGUUAAGGGGGAUAGCUCUCACAUCCCCUUAUUUCCUUGCUACCUUGCUGGCUGCUCAGCUGGGUUCAACACCUUGGGUUGCAUUUCGGAUAUGCUUAAGGUUUUGGAAGGCAUCAUCACCUAUUGCUGGUGGUUUGGCCAUUGCUGCACAGGCAAUCCUAGCAGAUUCAUUUAGGGAGAAGAAAGAUUAUGACAAGGCAACUACGGCUGCAUCUAGAGUAUCACAGAUGGGAUUUGUUCUCGGCCUGGGGAUCACUGUGAUUGCUGGUGUUGGUCUGAGAUUCCUAUCUGGAGUAUUUUCAAGAGAUGUCCAUGUUCAACAUUUCAUUUUUGUGGCAAUUCCGUUUGUUGCAGCUGCACAACCCAUCAUUUCCUUGUCUUAUGUCUUUGAUGGUGUCAAUUUUGGAGCAUCAGACUUUGCCUACUGUACAUAUUCAAUGGUUUUGGUCUCUAUUAUUUGCGCUGCUCCAUUAUUCAUUCUCUUUAAGAAUGACAGUUUUGUUGGAAUAUGGGUCGUUCUGAUUAUACAUAGGGUUCUUUGGACUAUAGCUGGUAUUUGGAGAAUAGGAACUGGGACCGGACCUUGGCGCUUUCUCAGGGAAAGACUUCUUCCACUGCUUCUAUGA